GCACCGUACCCUCGCCCACAAAUAUAGAACAUGCACCACAUAGUUCCCUUUUCCUCUUGAACAUUUACUGAACAAAGACAUUUUUCUUCAAUAUUUUAUUUAUCGAGUAUUUAUGCCUAUUGCGAACAGUAGCUUAAUGUUUUUGCGUAAUAACAAAAAAAUGUCAAACAAUAAACCUGAACUGACACCUUGGGUAUGCUUUUAUGAAAAUACACUGUACAAUUCGGCUACUACCCUUGAAUAAUGUAUUGAACAAUUGUACUUUUUUUUCUUGAGCGUCGAGGCCUCUAUUCAUUUGAAAAGGCUUAUUGGACUGUAACUAAUAACGCAACAAAGUUUGGGAAGAUGGAAGUACUCGUUGUCCAGUUGUUAUGAGGUUGUAAUCGCCUACUUUGUCUUUCGCUUGCAACACUGUUGAGAAACAGAAGUCCGCUGUGCCAGGUUUCAGGCAGCCCUAAAGCCUUGUCUUACACUGCCAUGUCAGACACAGAUAACACAAGGGAAAAACCUCACUGUUGAUAUGAAUUCCACAAGUCUUAUACCUUUAUGGAUGUUAGUUUUUUUUAAUGCAUUGGUCUGUUCUUUAUUCAAACCGCACGCCACCCACGGAUAUAACCACGGGGGACUGCGGGUUUUGAGUCAACCCACGCAUCACCAGUGUGUGGAGUGUGUGUGUGUGCUGAAUACUGAUGUGUGUGUGGUUUUCUCCCGGCAGUCUGUCGGACCAUGAGCUGUUCUCAGGUCAGUUUGGAGGUUUGGACUCUGGCUUCAACAGUGUGGACAGCGGCAGCAAGAGAUGGUCUGGGAACGAGUCUGCAGACGACUUCUCAGAGCGGUCCCUGCGUAUGGCUGAGCUCACCAGAGAUCAGAGGAACCUGGAGGAGGAGGUGGAGGACGACUCUUCUCUCACAGAGACCCCAGACACGGUGAAUGGGGAGGCCAAGCGGGUGGAUUUCAUAGACCGCAGGGGCACCGAGGAGAAAGAAGACUGCAGGGCGAAUCGUCCCGCUCCCCCCCUCACAGCGCCCCCGCAGGAGAACACAGCGGAAUCCUCACCACCACCCCAAACACAAGACUCUUCUAGAAGCAGGUAAGACACACACACACACACACACACCCCACAGGAGGUUGGUGGCACCUUAAUUGGGGAGGACGGGCUCUUGGUAAUGACUGGAGUGGAAUCAAUGGAAUGAUAUCAACAACAUCAAACACGGUUUCCAUGGUUUCCAUUUGUUUGAUGCCA